ACUGUUGCCUGGCAACAGCAAACCCGUCGGGUGGCGGCAGUGGGCGGCAAAACCGCUCGGUUGAGCCCCUUGCCCGAGUGAGGUGACUGCCAACGGUGCAGAGAGGACGACGACGGCGGUAUGUGUGAGGGGCCGUCCCGCAUCUCGGGGCCCAUCCCCCCAGACCCUACACUCUGUCCUGACUACUACCGGAGGCCGUCUUCGGCCCAAGGGCGCCUUGAGGGAAACGCGCCGAAGCUGGACCUGCUGACGCCGGACACGGACCCGGACCUAGACGCCACUCCUCCCCGCGGCCCCCGCAUCCGUCCGGGAGGCCUAGAAAUCCUGGAGCGUGGCCGUCGCGGCGUGGGUGGCGUGCUGCUGCAGCUCGGGGGUAUCUCCCUAGGCCCAGGGGCCUCUCCCAAGAGGAAGGACCCUAAAGACCAUGAGAAGGAGAACAUGAGGCGGAUCAGGGAGAUCCAGAGGCGCUUCCGUGAGCAGGAGCACAGCCGGGAGCAGGGCCAGUCCAGGCCACUGAAGGCCCUGUGGCGCUCACCCAAGUAUGACAAAGUGGAGUCGCGUGUCAAGGCUCAGCUGCAGGAGCCCGGCCCUGCCUCUGGAACUGAGCCAGCCCACUUCCUGCGGGCCCAUUCCCGUUGCGGCCCUGGGCUUCCACCACCCCGUGUCCCCAGUCCCCAGCUAACGCCACCAGGUCCCAAUGCUAAGGCCCCAGGCCUGGGUGUGGACUUCAUUACCCACAAUGCGCGCACUGCCAAGAGGGCCCCCCGGCGGCAUUCUCGCUCGCUGCAAGUCCUGGCACAGGUGCUGGAGCAGCAACGGCAAGCCCAGGAGCACUACAAUGCCACGCAGAAGGGUCAUGUGCCCCAUUACUUGUUGGAGCGCAGGGACCUGUGGCGGCGGGAGGCUGAGGCCCGUCAGCACAGCCAACCAGACCCAGCCAUGCCUCCUGGCCACACUCGCAUGCCUGAGAACCAGCGGCUGGAGACACUGAGCAGUCUGCUCCAGAGCCAGAGCCAGCUGCUGCGCGAGCUGGUGCUGCUGCCUGCGGGGGCGGAUUCACUGAGGGCCCAGAGCCACCGUGCUGAGCUGGACCGGAAGCUGGUGCAGGUAGAGGAGGCCAUCAAGAUCUUUUCCCGCCCCAAAGUCUUUGUGAAGAUGGAUUCCUGAGGCUUUUUGUGGGGACAGUGACUGGGUCUUACUGAAGGAUGCAGCAUGGUUGCUAAGGGCAGGAUUGGGCCCCAUCAUAGAGUGGAGUUUGAAGACAGGAGCAGUGGAGGGGGGGCAGUGUCCCCAGAGCCCUCUUCCCAGCCGCUGGUGGCUGCGGAAGGGCCAUCCCAGCCCUGUAACCCUUUAUCAAAAUUAAACCUUUUGUACACAGUG